GUUCCAAAUUUCCAAUUCCCAUUUAAUAACACUUACAAAAAUUCCCAUCAUCUCUAUCAUCUUCUCCUCUCCGAUCCCAAUCUCCCCCCCCCCCCCCCCCCCCCCCCCGCUCUCUCUCUCUCUCUCUCAAAACUCGUUUCGUUUUUCUCUCACCAAAACCACCCAUAUCCCCGCCGGCGUUUUUCCGGGACAUGAAAUUCGGGAAGGAGUUCCGGACCCACUUGGAAGAAACCCUGCCCGAAUGGAGGGACAAGUUCCUAUGCUACAAGGUCUUGAAAAAGCUCCUCAAACAUGUCCCAACCAACGCCGCCGAUUCCCUACUCCCUCUCGCCGAUAAAUCAUCCUCCGCCGUCGAUGAAGCCGAUGGAAAUAUCCCUCCGGUGCCGCCGCUGGCCGGCCUCCACGACUGGUUCGUCAGAAUCAUCGACGAAGAACUCGAGAAGUUCAACGAUUUCUUCGUCGACAAGGAGGAAGAGUUCGUCAUUCGCCUUCAGGAGUUGAAGGAAAGAAUUGAGCAGGUGAAAGUAAAGAGCAAGGAUGGAGUCUUCACAUCAGGGACUGAAUUCAAUGAAGAGAUGAUGGACAUCCGGAAAGACUUUGUCACCAUUCAUGGAGAGAUGGUCCUCCUCAAAAACUAUAGCUCUUUAAAUUUUGCAGGGCUAGUUAAAAUUUUGAAGAAGUAUGACAAAAGAACCGGGGAAUUGCUGCAGCUACCUUUUACACAGCAUGCCCUACAUCAACCCUUCUUCACAACAGAACCUCUUACAAGACUUGUCCGGGAUUGUGAGGCCAAUCUUGAGCUCCUUUUCCCAUUGGAAGCGGAAGUCGUCCAAUCUACUACUAGCACCACUACACAAGAUGAGAGAAACCCAACACCUAAUGAGACGACAAAUAUCUUGACGGAGGCACCAUCAUCACUCGGGGAAGAAACCGGAGAUAUUUAUCGGAGUACCCUUGCUGCAAUCAGAACUAUACAGGGCCUUAAAAAGGCAAGCUCCACCCAUAAUCCCUUGUCAUUUGCAUCUAUGUUUGGGAGCCGGGAUAAUGAAAGUAUUGGUGCUUUAACAGAAGAAAAUUCGCCUUGUGACUCCAGCUUGGAGAAUGGACAGGUGGCCAAUAAAGAUGAGCCCCAUUCUCCUCAGUAGAAUCCAACUUCAUACUUGUUCUUGUUUCUGAUAAAGGCUGGAAGCCUGGAACUGAGAACAGACUGAUUGUAAGAUAUGUUUAAUAGGCCACGGGCCGUAUGUUGAAGUGUCCUUCCGUGGCCGUAUGUUGAAGUGUCCUUCCGUAGAACUAAUGUUUUAAGGUGAAUAAGUUUGAGAAAUUGGAUGUAAGAUCAAUUUUUGUGCCGUCUUGACCUUCAAUACCUUUUGUGAUUAUCUUU